CGAGCCGCCCGCAGGGAAGUUGCUCCAUCGGGUUUGGCAAGGCGGGGAUUUUCCUCUCCGACCCGCGGGGCCAUAAAGGGCCAGUCCCCGGAAAGCCCCGCACCUGCACCGGGCAGCAGGCGAGGCACUGCACCGGGCACCGGACUGCCCCGCGACCCCGUCCCUCCACCCUGUCACCAGGCAUGGCGAAUGUGAGCGUGCCCGACCCCUUCUCCUGCUAUGACCCAACCAUCGUGGGCUACCGCUACGUGGCCGUGGCCUGGGGCUCAGUGGUGAGCGUGGUGGGCACAGUGGGCAACAUCCUGACCCUGCUCGCACUGGUGUCCGAGCCGGGGCUGCGCACGGGGCUCAAUGUGCUGGUGGCGAACCUGGCAGUGGCCGACUUACUGUACUGCACUGGGCUGCAGCCCUUCUCUGUGGACUCCUACCUGUGGCUGCACUGGCGGGCAGGUGCCACGGCCUGCCAGGCCUUUGGCCUGCUGCUCUUCGUGGCCAACGCCACCUCUGUGCUCACCUUGUGCCUUGUGGCUAUUAGCCGCUACCUGCUCAUUGCCGGCUCCCCACGCUCUGCACGACUCUUCGCCCGUCGCCGUGUGGCCCUGGCGGCUGCUGGUGCCACGUGGGCUGUGGCCCUGGUCAGCUUUGCCCCACUGUGGCCCGUCUAUGGGUUCGUGCCCAAGGUCUGCACCUGCAGCUUCCACCGGGAGCGGAGCCGGCCCUACAGCACAGUGCUGCUGGGCCUCUACUUCAUCGUUGGCUUGGGCUGCGUGGGUGCCUUCUACUUCCUCAUCUACCGGCGCGUGCGUGCCACGGCACAGGCCCUGCGGCGCUACCAACGCAGCCUGCGUGGGGGCCAACCCGGCGUGCCGGGGCAGUACCAUGAGAUGGAAAGCGGCACGGACACGGGCAUCACGCAGUCAUCCAGCGAUGCUGCCACAGGCCACAGCGCCAUGCAGCAGUCAUGCGCCGUGGCGCCCCCACCACGGCCCCGUGAACCUGGCGCCGGUGGCGGCAAGGAGGCAGCAGGGGUGACGCGCAUGUGUUUUGCAGUGUUUGCCGUGUUCGUGCUGAGCUACGCGCCCUUCCUAGCCGUGACGGCAGGCGAUGCGCGGGCUGUUGCACCCACUGGCCUGCACAUGGCGGCUGCGCAGCUCACGUGGCUCAACAGCUGCAUCAAUCCCUUGCUCUACGCCGUCAUGAACCGGCGUUUCCGCCAUGCCUACCGUGCCUUGCUGCAGGCAGGGCCCCGGCGCCUCUGUGGGCUGUGGGGGGCCUGAGACCACAGCUCCUGCCCCCAGAGCUGCCAGCUGGAUACGUGGCCGUCAGUUGGGCCCAGGAAGGCCCGUGGGAGCCUCCCUGUGCCCAGCAGGACACCCAGGGCUGCCCCUCCUGCCCCAGCCCGUGGUGGCAGAGCAUCAAGGGGUGGCAGAGCGGCAGGGGUUGAGCAGAGCUUGUUUCAAUAAAGAGA